AUGUCUAGGCCUCAGAUGAUCCGAGCUGAUACCUUGGACCUUCAAGAUCACGAUGCGCCUUCCGCGAAAGACCACACCAAACAACCCGAAACUCCAGAACCUCUCGGGGGCGGCCGGCCUGCCCCCCAUCAAGAGCUUUCUAUUCGCAAGGCUGAACAAGAUUCGCAAGCGGAGAUAAAGGGCGGACCCGACAAAGACCACGAGUCUCGCGGUGACAAAGGGGUGUAUCGAGAGUCCGACGAUGAGGACGAGGAUGACGAUGAUAGUCACUACGACCACGAAGAAGGCGAUUUGGCAGAUGGCGAAAGCGAUGACCUCAUGGACGAUGAUCUGAUGGACAAGAUCUCCAGCUCACCCUCUAUUGACGAUGAGGACAUCGACUUCGAAUUUGUUUAUGCGCUUCACAACUUUGUCGCAACUGUUGAUGGACAAGCAAAUGCCGCGAAAGGUGAUACCAUGGUUCUUCUCGACGACAGCAACAGCUACUGGUGGCUCGUGCGCGUGGUGAAGGAUGGGAGCAUUGGUUAUCUCCCUGCAGAACACAUUGAAACACCUACCGAAAGACUUGCUAGAUUGAAUAAACACAGAAACGUGGAUCUGUCAGCGACUAUGCUGGGGGACAAUAACGAGAAGUCGAAAAAUCCGUUGAAAAAGGCUAUGCGCCGUCGGAACGCGAAGACCGUGAACUUUGGACCUCCGAUGUAUAUUGACGCCUCCGAUGUUGACUACUCAACGGAUGAUGAUUCUGAACACGGCGACUUCUUUAACGAUGACGAGACUCUGGAUGGAGAGGAGGAAGACGAACAAGAGCAAGCUGAAGAUAUUGUUGUGGAGCCUCUCAGGCCCAAAGGCCAGAAAGAAAAUCCUACAGAUCUUGGUGAUGCGAAUGGUGCAGAGAAACAGGACUCGCAACGUGCAAGCUCUGAUCAACGACCCUUAAGUGAAGAAUUCUUCGAGGCGGAAGAACCCAUUGUCAGUAGAUCCAGAAAUGGCACUGUACGAAACACCGAUUCAUUCUUCAACGACGACACUGCCGAGCCCAAAAAGAUUUCCCUCACACCAAAUCUUCUACGCGAUAUCCGCGAUGGAGAUAGUAACGGCACUCUGGCUGAUUGGAAAGAGCCCCGCGGCAGUCUCGAAUCCCUCGAAAAAGGGUCCAGUUCGCAGGACAAAUUCAAAGAGAAAGAGGACAAGAAACGAAAGGACAAGAAGCCUGGGAUGCUCAGCGGAUUAUUCAAGCGUAAGAAGAGCAAAGAUGAUACCGACGAGCCAGAAAGAUCUCCUGCAGACUCGGCAUCCCGCACAUCACCUCAACCCAAGACCUCGAUGGAAUCCAUAUCGACGAAGUCAUUGUCGCCUGAACAACAACGGCCUUCUAAGCCUCAAAAACACACAGUCAACAAGGCACACAAGCCACCCCAAGGGAUUAUGAAGGUUGAUACGGCCCUCGAUUCUGCAAUGGCCGAAUUCUCCAGAGGAAACGAGGCUAUUAACCAGGGUCAAGUUGAGAAGAGCAUUCGACAGGUGCCACCACCAGAAGAAGACGAAAGCGGUUACGAAGACUGUGACAUCAUGUUACAAUCGCCUAUCAGCCAACCUAGUCCUUCCAAAGACUCCUUUGCUACUCCGCACGAGUCCAUGGAACCCUUGGCGUCGCCUGUUGAUCGACCAUCUAGCGAAAUUCAAUGGAGAGAGACUAUGGAUUCGGACCAACCAAGAGCUGGAUCCACAUCUGUUACGUCUCCUCAAAAGUUCGUUCCUGCGCUAGUGGGUGGAGACGAGUCAGAAUCCCCUGUCAAUAUCUCUCCUCGACAAGUCUACCCUCCUAUAGGCGGACGUGGCUUGGAAACUAUUGCCUCGCCUCGAGGAGUCCGCUCUUUCUCACCAGCAUCUCCGCCAUUGUCACCCAGACAUCACACAAACUAUCUCAAAGGCAGCACCGCUACUCAUGGCUCAAUCGACACUCUCUCUGUAGACACUCCGACUUGGAGCGACUCCAGCCUACGAUCAUAUAUGGAUGAAGAAAACGACAUUCGCGACUUGUUUAUUAUUGUCCACGACAAAUCAAAUGUACCUCCCGCUGGUCCUGACCACCCCGUCACCGGUCGUCUAUUCAAGGAAGAAAGCAAGCGACUGAAGGAGAUGAAUAACCAGCUUGACGAUAUGCUUGUAAACUGGAUGUCACAGCGGGCUAAGAGCUCUGCCUCCAUUCGGAGCAUGCAAAGUCCGUCGGUAUAA